AUGAAGGCAGCAACAGGACAACAUCACCCAGUAUACGAAGGCGACAUUGAAUCCGAUCUUACGGACCUCUCUGACGGUGACGAUGAACUCGAGGAAGAAGAGCAGCAGGCUGUUCCGCCACUUCACAGUCACCUUCCACCCCCUUUGUCAACAACGCUGACAAGAAGAUCGCCAAGAACGAGGACAGCUGUUGAAACCCAGCCGCAGUCCAAAGCACGGCGUGCUUUACCCAAUUGGAGAACAACUACUUAUCCCACACAAACGUUUCUGAAAUGGAUUCACGAUGGUAUGAUCUACUUGGAAGCUGAAUACCAACGCGAUGUUGUCUGGUCAGAACAAAAGAUGUCCAUGCUUAUUGACUCCAUCAUGAACAAUUAUUAUAUGCCACCCAUCAUAUUUUGUGUCAAACAUGAUCCGCAUACUCGCAUCCCAAUGCAGCGGAUAUGCAUCGAUGGAAAGCAGCGUCUCACCUCGAUACAAAGAUUCAUGGAUGGUGACCUAUGUCACAAAGACGCUGUUACCGGCAAGAAAUCUUGGUUCAACACAAAGAACAUCAGAGGACGAAAGGAGAUGACAGAGGCGAGCAAAGGCUAUUUCGAGAACCUUCAGGUGGUUUGCGUCGAGUACGACGAUCUUGAGGACAAGGAGGAACGAGAAUUAUUUUCGCGCGUCCAGAAUGGUAUUGCCCUCACACCUGCCGAGCGUAUGCAAGCGUUCAAUGGUCCAUAUGCUGAACUCGUUCGCAAAGUCGGCAAAGAAGUCACCAAGUGUUUCGGUGACCAGUUGAACUGGGGCAAGCUUCGCGGAAGAGACUUCCAAUCCAUCGCCCAGAUCCUUUACCUCAUCGAGUACUCAUCCACUUCCACAAAAUGCCCUCCUGAGCCGUCGACAGCCAAAGUCGAGACCUGGCUCAAUUCGAACGUCAACAAGACUUCCAUACCUGAAAAGAUCGAACGCUCCGCCCGUACCGUGUUUUUAUUGCUCUGCGUGCUCGUGUUAGAUAUAGACGGAAUGGGUUGGGACGAGCCGUUCAAAUUAGGACCACACAAAUUCAGCCCUAUCGAAUUCGUCUUGUCGGCAUAUAUGAUCUUCCUUCAUGGCAACGACCUCACAAUUUCGCAGCUAAGCGCUGGUGUGAGACACUUACGCAACUACGCUCGCUCCCAGAACGAGGAACUUCGAUUCAAUUCGACCACGUACAAGGACCUAGUCAAAUAUGUUCGGAAGGAGGUGAAGGUUGCGAUCACGAAAGACGCUUCCGUGGAUGACCACGGAUUUUCGGCUUUCAAAUGGUCAGAGGCCAACAAGACUAGGCUCCAGGAGGAGGUUGAAAAGAUGAAAACCAUGAUCAAGUCGGAAGGUACAUCUACGCUACCUCCGUCGACGUCGACUUCGGCUAAGAGGAAAGGGAAGGCCAAGGUGGUGGAUAAGGAGACUGAUCUAGAAAUGGGUGUGGAGGAUAGUGAUGUGCCAUCUCGGAAGAAGCUUCUCAAGCAGGCCGUUGGUGCAGCACACGACUCAAAGCCCCCGAAGACAAAGCACAAGGCGACCUUGGAACCCGUCUCAUCUACCUCUACCUCGUCUCCCGCAGCGGUGAAGACUGAGAAAGCGACUAAGAAGCGCGUGAAUUCGGGUUACGUUGACUAUGUGGACGACAAACCACCUAAGAAGCGCAAAAUAGUCCCAGUAUCUGAAACCGGUCCGUCAACCGCUGCAAAGUCCACAAUUUUAGCAGGAACAAAGAAGAUGAAGGCGGCUACGGUUUUCGCCACAAAUCCCCCCCAGAAUGUUGUCAAAGGCGCGGUGCCCUGUGCAGCUCCGUCGUCAUCUGCUGUAACGUCCGGUACAUCUGCCUCUUCUUCGAGUAUAUUACUUAAGAAAAAGCCGCGUCUUGACAUACCUACCCGGAAGGGUCCUCAAUCUCAGUUGGCUAUGAAAACAGGGAUUUCCCCCAUGACUCCCCGUACCCAUCCCAAUCAUUCCAUCCUUCCCUCUAGCACAGCAUUGUCUCGCAAAGAAGGUGGAACGUUUCCGUCUUCGGAGUUAGCCAGCCCAUCAAAUACCAGUCCUCCGUCCCAACCGCCCUCACAGGUUCCUUCGCAGCACAAUACGUCGACCGUCGGGCCUCCCUCAUUUCUUCCUGUGGCUGGUGCACAGCUACAGAAUUCAACUGCUCGGCCUACUUCAGUUGAACGCUUAAGUUCUCUACGUGAAGCUAAACAGUGGAUUGAGAAAGAUGCAGUUGCAAAUGGUGGACGAUCUAGCUUUUCUCCGAGUGCUUCUGGGUCUCAGGUUGUUCCUACUAUUCCACGUGAUUCUCGACCAAGAAAGAGUGUUUCCGGGCCCUCUCCCUGUCCUGCAGUACCCUUGCCAACAGGCACGGCUGCUACCUUACCAGGAUCAAACCACCAGAGCUCCUACGGGAGCAUAACCCAGCCUUCGCAAGUCCCAAGUCAACGAGAGCAGAGACCGGUCCAUCCAGAUCUAGGUCUUCCAUCCCCAUUAAGCACACCAACACUGCCUCCUCUUCCUAUCCCUAUUCCUAUUUCUGUCCCUUCCUCUUCCUCUCCCGCAAAUCCCACGAUUACUGAGGUUUCAACGGCUACUACAGCUAUAGCUAAGACAUACAAUACAUCACCACCUGGACUGUCCAACACAGAGUUAUCUGUGCGACCGCCAGGUCAGAGGGGGACGGUGUCGGAAGAUCGUGUCCCUAGGUCUGAGACUUCCCUCCAGCAACGUGAACGCUAUGUUCCCCUUCCAAGAACUAGAUCUUUUCAAAGGCGUGAUGAUUCGCCAGUUGUGGAUCGUACGAUGGCGGAAGCUGAACGUCCCUCUAGGCCUGGGCCUUCCUCUCGGCAACGAGAUUAUGAUUAUGUUCCUCAUCCAAGAGGUAGACCUUCUCGAGCGCGUGUUGAUUCGCCUCCUCGACGGGGUGGUAGAAGAGGCUACGAUGCUCCUCGUCCUUGGCAGGAUAACCCGCGACCUCCUCGAGAAUACGAUCAUUACUCUCCCCCGCUAGCACCACGACAUCACUCUCGCCUUCCACGAGAUUACAGGCCCUAUUAUAAGGCCUCUCCAAGACAAAGUGGGGGUAUCUGUGGCUCGGGAGAAGUGGACGAGAUCUGUCGACGUGGGGGUAGUAAUUCCUCCCCCCACCGGGAGCGUGACAAUGAGGUGCCAAUGUUGGGAUCGCAUACGAUUGUUGGCGUUCCUUCCCUAGGCUCAGGAUGA